AGUAAUUGAAGAAAUGGGUUUGGAAAUAAGUUGGGUUUAGAUUGGAGAAAAGGAAUGAGCAACCCAAAGGCUUAAAAAGGAAGCUUGGAAUUCAAGUUAAAAGAGAGAAAAUUUUGUUGUUUUAGUUUUUAUUUUUGACAGAAAGGAGAGAGAGGAAGAAGAUAGGAACCAAUCCAAGCAACUCAGAGAUUCCUCCCAACCCAAUUCUCUGAGUUGUAAACAAGCAACCACUUACUCACUCUCACUCCUCUCUUACCUUUCUCUCUCUACAUUCCUUCUUCUUCUUCUUCUUCAUUUCUGUUCCAUUUUCUUCCUCUGUUCCCAAAUCCCUCAAUUCCCCAUUUCAAAUCACUAUGCCCGACGCCGCUCCCAAACCCUCCGUCAAUGGCGCCGCCGCCGCCCCACCUCCCGCCACCAACGGCACUAUCCCUCCUUCCUCUGCCAAACCACAGUUCCGUCAACAGCCUUACCGUCCUCCUCCCUACCGGAACCAUCGUAAUCACCACCGAAGCCGUCGAAAUCUCUGCUGCUGCUUCUGCUUUUGGACCAUCAUUAUCGUUCUAGGGCUUAUUCUUCUAGCCGCCAUUGCUGGUGCCGCUCUUUACGUCUUGUACCGCCCUCACCGCCCUCAAUUCACUAUCUCCUCCCUUCGAAUUUCCAAUCUCAAUCUCACUACCAACGCUGAAUCCUCUGCCUCUCACCUCUCAUCCCUAUUCAAUCUCACUCUCUCAUCCUUUAACCCUAAUUCCCACAUUACCUUCUCUUACGACCCUUUCACUCUCUCCACUUUCGCCAAUUCUGUCCUCCUCGCCAAUGGCUCGAUCCCGGCUUUCACCAGCGGCACUAAGAACCAGACGGUUUUCCGAGCCUUAAUGUCCGGCGCUGAAGAUCUCGACGCGGAUUCCGUUACGAGUCUCAGAUCGGAUCUGAGGAAGAAAGGGGGAACUGCUCUGACGAUCGAGAUGGAUACGAAAGUGAAGGUGAAAAUUGGCCGAGUGAAUAGCAAAAAGGUCGGAAUCAGAGUAAGCUGUGAGGGAAUUAAAGGAAUUCCGCCGAAGGGGAAGUCGCCGACGGUAGCCUCUGUUUCCGACGCCGAUUGUAAGGUUGAUCUCCGGAUCAAGAUCUGGAUAUUCACUCUCUAAUUACUCGGUAACAAAUAUUAUAUAAUAUCUUUUUUCUUUUUUCCUCUUAGUUUGUUUUUGUUUUGUACUUUUUUUUCCCUUUUCUUUUGAGAAUUUUUUAGAGAGAUUAAAAAAAAGAAUUAAAAAAAUUGAGGUUGUGAGAAUGAGUGAUUGGGUAAUUUGGGUUAAAAGUUACCAUCCUUUUUCCCUCUACUUUCAGCAAUAUUUUUCUUUUACAUUUCAGUUAAUACGAUGAAUGGUUGUAUAAUUGGUUGGAAAUUUCAAGGCUCAUUCAAAUUUUCCUA